UGCGGUUCAUGGACCACAGGCUUGCGCCACUUGAUGCCCCCACAUUCACGUGCACUUGCGCACACGCAAGCGCUCACACACACACACACACACACACACAUACACACACACACACACACAAACGCGCGCACACACAUUCCAGCAGUGACUCUCUGUUGUGGUCGCCUCGCUUCUAAAAACGGACGUGCUUUUUUGGAUGUAGCAGCCGGCGGUGUGAGGAGCUGCUGCUGUCCGCAGAAAGAUAACUGGAGUUGAUGCAGUUAUACGGAGAUGUCAAUCCCUUCCAGUUAGCGACAACUGCAAUGAUGAGGAUUUGAAAGAGAGUCUGCCGCUCUCCUUUCAGGGACAGUCUCCUGCAGCCCUUCUCUGGUCACUGGCCUGCCCAGGCAGCUCUCGUCCAUACCAUUCCUCUUUCCCUCCACCCAUCCUUUCCCCCCUGUCCCUCCUGUCAUGAAAGGCCUGUCCGGUAGUCGGGGUCACCAUCACGUGGUCUCCUAUGAACCAUCAUACGAUCUACUGGGUCACCAUGUUGACCGGAAGCCAUAUUUAAUCAGUCAGAAUGACAUGCCUGUGCCCAUUCCCAUGCCGCAUCAAGCUGAGCUUUCCUACUACAACGCUCAGCGCACCCCGUACCCCUCUGACAGCAACAGCAUCGUCCCAUACGGAACCUUCCCAAGGAGGUGCCACUCCACCUCCUCAUCCCACCAUCCUGAGGUAAAGGAUGAGUGUAUGGCCAUGGUACCAUAUAUAGUUGGAGGAGGAGGAGGAGGAGGUGGAGGGGGCUAUGGGGGCAAAACGCCCACCCGGGUACCAGACCCGUUUGAGCGCCAGCCAUCAUUCCCCAGAGAUGGCUACCACACACUGCAGUACAAACGCGGAGUGCUGGCCCACAGUGGGGGUGUGGGGGCACAACACAACAACAAUGACAGCCCAGGCAGAAUUCGUCACCUGGUCCACUCAGUCCAAAAACUCUUCACAAAGUCACAUUCACUGGAGGGGCCGCACCACCCACAAAACUCCAAGGGGCCCAAUAAUGGGAGCGUUAAUGGUAGUGGUGGUGGAGGAGGAGGUGGUGGUGGUGGCUCAAGGGCCAACCCGGAGGGUGAGAUCCCACCAAUGGGAGUGCGCCAGCGGAAGCGCAGCAAGAGCCGUGAGCGCUGUCGGUCAGCGGAGCCCAAGCAUCGAAGCCACCACCACCCCCACCACCAGCUCCACGGCUCAGCGUCUGCUCCGGGCUCCGGGUACUGGAGCUCAGACGACAACCUGGAACGGGAGCUGAGUCUCUACCACCCUCACCACCACCAACCUCCGCCAUCACCCUCACCCUCCAUUUCUCCCUCGCCCAUCGCCAUGACCAUGGGCCGGUACCCCGGCAACAGCCAGGACAAGUUCCCCCAGAUCCCCCUCUCCUCUUCGCAGUCCCAGCAAUACUUCAUGAUGGACCCUUACGGCACCCUCAACGAGCACACACACACCCACGCCCACACCCACGCACACCAUGGCCACACGCACCACCACUCUGCACUCAAAGCAUCCCGGAGCAACAACGAUGUGAAGUACGCAGCGUCGUCGGCAUGUGUGCCAGUUAGUGGUAGCAGCAAAAUCAGCGGUGGCGGUAUCGUUGGAGGAAGUGGCCCCUUGCUGUCUCUGGGCCUUGUGGACGGGCCCCUUGUGAAGAAAGGGGCAUGGUCAUCAAGCCUAACGGUGAGCAGGGCCAGAGAGGUCUACACCAACAACAGCAGCCACAACCAGCUUCAAGCCAGCGCAGGAGCCAGUAACCUAAACCUAGAUAGAGCUCUAGUCAUAUCUAAGGGCAGUCAGCAGCAGGAGCGCUCUUGCCAUUUCUUACAGGUGCCUCAGGACGAGUGGAGCGGCUUCUCCCCGCUGGGGAAGGAGGAUGACAUCCCCUGUCGGAGGAUGAGGAGCGGCAGCUACGUCAAAGCCAUGGCUGAUGAGGAUAGCGGGGACUCGGACGGGAGUCCCAAACCCUCCCCCAAGAUGCAGGCCCGCCGGGCCAGCUACCUGAAGGCCACGCAGCCGUCGCUGACUGAGAUGACCACUCUACAGAUCUCCUCGGAGCACUCCCCCAAACUCCAGAUCAGAAGCCACAGUUACCUGCGUGCGGUGAGUGAGGUUUCGAUCAAUAGAAGCCUGGAUACCCUGGAUCCCAAAACCCUCCUCGACCCCAAAUCGCUGCUGUCCUCACCCCAAUACCGCUCACGCAAUGAAAGCUACAUGAGGGCCAUGAGUACCAUCAGUCAGCUGAGUGAGGUGGAAGUGAACGGGCAGAUCGAGCAGGUGUGUGAGCAGGUCUACAGUGCGAUGCAGGCCCAGGCCAUGGAGGCUGCAAUAGACAGCAUGGAAACCAUGGACACGCUGCCAAUGCCCGGGUGCUUCCGGAUGCGCAGCCACAGCUACGUGCGAGCCAUUGACCAGGGCUGCUCGGGGGACGAGGAAGGAGAGGGAGGGAGGCCGCUGCUCCUGCUGCCGUCCUCACCACCACGCACAUCUGCCACCACCGUCAGGACCAUCCAGAGCAGCACAGUUUCAUCUUGCAUCACCACCUACAAGAAAACCCCUCCUCCGGUACCGCCCCGAACUUCCACCUGCUCCACAGCUUCCAAGCCCUACAUCUCCAUCACAGCCCAGAGCAGCACAGAGUCUGCACAGGAUGCAUACAUGGAAGAGGAGGGACCCAGAGGUGACAUGACCAUCCAAUCGGGGCUCAGUAACUCUACGGAAAGCAUCGACAGCAUGAAGGCGCUGACAGCCGCCAUAGAGGCGGCGAACGCACAGGUUCAUGGACCAGCAAGUCAGCACGUCAGUAACAGCGCAAUGACAGUUAGCACCCCCACCCCCUCAGUCCACAGCAGGGGGGCUGUUAUUGAAGACCACCGGGACGUAUAUAGGAAGGAAGCACUCAGGAAGGGCAAAUGUCUCUCCAUCGGCAUCCAGGUGGAUGGACCAGAGGAGCUUCCAGAUCUCGAGGACCCGUCCAAGUUUACCUCUAUAGGGGUGCAAGUGGAGGAUGACAGAGGGUAUCGUCGCUUCCAGCGUUCCAACAGUGUAACAGCAGCUGUACAGGCAGACAUGGACGUACCAGACCUGAUGGACAACACUCUAAACUCCCCGGACACAGACAUGGAGGUUCUGUCAUCUGGUGCCCUCUCUCGACAAUACUCCCGUGAUGCUGCCACCUCUACUGUCAGCAUCCAGGGCUCAGGGAACCACUACCACGCCUGUGCCUCCGAUGACUACGAUGACGUGGGCUUUGACCCGUCCAUACUCCCCCCUCCAGACCCGUGGAUAGACAGCGUAACGGAUGACUCACUGGAUGUCAACUUCAACAGCUCGGCUAUUCUGGAGGUGGUUCAGCGGUCAGUGUGUCACAGAGAUGGACGCUGGUUUCUGAAGUUGCUGCAGGCAGAGACCGACCGCAUGGAGGGCUGGUGUCGACAGAUGGAGCUCGACCAGCAGGACAACGACCUUCCUGACGAUGUCCUCGGGAAGAUGAGGAGUGCUGUAGGAAGUGCUCAGCUCCUGAUGUCCCAGAAGUUCCAACAGUUCAGGGAGCUGUGCGAGGAGAAUCUGAACCCCAAUGCCCACCCCCGCCCUGUGGCUUCCGACCUGGCCGGUUUUUGGGAUAUGCUACAGCUGUCGAUCGAGAACAUAAGCCUCAAGUUUGAUGAGCUUCACCAGAUCAGAGCCAACAACUGGCGACCCCUGGAUCCCCCAGAACGAAAGGAGAGGAGGCUCCCACCUCCAGUGCCAAAAAAGCCACCCAAGGGCCCCCCCCACCACCACCCCCCUCUGGCCAGAGACCGGUCGCUGGAGAGCUCGGAGAAACAGCGGCAGGAGGCCAGGAGGCGCCUCAUGGCCGCCAAGCGGGCUGCAUCCGUGCGGCAGAACUCGGCCACGGAGAGCGCCGACAGCAUCGAGAUCUACAUCCCCGAGGCGCAGACGAGGCUAUGAGGACACGCACCAGUCGGCAUGCGGGGUGUGUGUGUGGGCAACCAAGUACCAGUCCCUGUAGUUUUUGGAGUCAUUUUCUUCCAGGUUAUAACUAAUCAGAACACAAACCUCAUACAACUGCUAGGGUCAGCUGAAAAAACGUUCUCUAUCUCUAAUAUUAAGAAGGAGCUCCUUAUUGAGUCAUCAGAUCUCUUCUCACAAUCAUCAGAUUUAGAUAUUUUAUUCAUGGUGUUUCAAGAAGUUUAGGUCAGCAGUCGGAUGGUUGUUUUAAUUUCUUGAUCAGAUAUCAAUUUCUUCCCAAUAAUGCCAACCCCCCCCUCCCAAGAUAUUAUUGGUAACAUAACCAGAUAACACUAUUUAUAGCCCCAAAACAAGCAGUUCUCCUCAACUAAAGAAAUGUUCCAGUGUUCCUAAGGUGCUUUUACUUAGUUCAAGUAACUUAUGAACUUAAUAAACGCCAUAUGAAGAAGCUACUUAACAAACCUGCACCAAACCUAAGAACAACGUGACCCUACACAGGACGUUUAUAUGGAAAGACACGUGUAAAAGUGAAGUGACGUGUGCUGCUUCCCCCUCACAGGAGCUGGUCUCACUUGGGUUGGAUGUUUUGCCUGUAGGUCCUCGGGUUGUGUUACACAUCCAUAAGCAAGAGAUGGACAAUCAGACACAGAUACACCGAGUAAACACACAAUCAUCAACAUUGUCAAACGACAAUGACAACACUUGAAUUGCAAACUGGUUCUCGCUCAUGUAGAAACAUAGAAAAGGAGGAGAAGGAGAGGCCGCCAUGAUCACUGUUGAUCUUCCAUCUCUCAUGCCAUCCCAACAACGCGUCACUUAUUUAUUGGACUUUAUGUAAUGAUCAGCUGCAGUGCUCUUCCUCUAUAUGAACCCUCUUAAUAACCGGGAUGAUAUCUUAGAGGAAAUUUGUUUAUUUUAAUUCACUUUUUACCCACCAGUCGAGUAGGAAGGCAGCACAUUUCACAACCAAUCAAAUCUCAAAUAGGAGUUACCAACUUCUUAAAAGCGCUUAUUACUUAUAAUUAGGUUCCAAACCGUCUGAUGGCUGGUGAGGUUUCACCCUUUGGGUUUUAGCAAUUCAGCUUUUGAUGACCAAAACUAUUUUAAAAGUUGUAAAUAACAUAGUU